AAUAGAAUAGCAAAAGUGAUCUGUAAUCGUUGUUUUUCAAAGAAUUAAUAUAAGUUGUUUUCUCAUACUACCAGUUAGCAGCAUUCCAGUAUGGAUUUGAUUAUGGACGGCUUUGCCAUGCCGAAUAUCCAUGUGUGGUUCCGGCAAAAUAGUUUCAUCUGUACGCCUGACAACGGUUUGUUGUACCAGUCGCGAUUCGAUGUUAAUUAUAUAGCUCCUUUGGACCAAAGCUAUCUACCUCGAACUAAGAUUUUCAAUGUCAAAGGAAUCGUUAAGUCACUGGCAUGUUCAAUGGACUGGAGUGAGCGGCGCCAGUUUGCCACCUAUGACGACCAGUAUACAUUGCAAGUCUGGGAUCUGGAUAAAGGCGUUCCAGUGCAAGGUCAUAAAGGACAUCACCACCGGCAAUCUUCAAGACCGGAACCAAACAACGAUGUGACAUCGGCCGUUUGUUUUGUACAUUCGCAGAAGAUCGUUUCGAUCGAUCACUGUACACUGAUUAUCUACUGCCUCAUUACCGACACGUACAAAGUAUUUCCGGAAAUGUUUCGAGGUACAGCAGUGACCAUCGCACCGUGCCCCAACGAUCGUGACAUUGUGGCGGUUGGAUUGCGUGACGGGUUGAUUAUAAUGAUCGAUCUUCGAAAACCGGUAGUAUUGCACAAACUUCGCGGUCACGACAGGGAGGUGGUGGCGAUUGACUGGAUGAUGGUUCCCGUUCGUUCCGAGCCCCGUCACGAGAAUUGGAGACGCGAGGAUCGACCGAAAAAAGAAGCUCGUAAAAAGAAGGAUAAACGUACUUCAAAAUCUCCGGAAAAGUCUGACCCGGCAGGUGGUCCGCCCGCUGAUGCUUCUGACAUUUUUGAUAUUUACGACUACAGCGGACAGGAAGAGGAGUUCGGAACGAUUGUUGACCCGGUAAGUUCGAGCUACGAGCAGAGGGAUCGUUUUCGUGAAAAAGUUCAUUCGACAGCCGGUUUCGACUUUCUGGAGGCCUGUCGGAAUUUAAAAGAGGAAAUAAUGAAAGCCAAAGAGCGGGACGACGCAGAAGAUGACAAACAUGAAGGUCCUGAGGACAAACCGACAGGGCGAGGCUCUGCGUUGAACACAGACGACGAAAACGAUCUAGACGAGGCGGAAAAACUUAGAGAUUUCAUCAUCGUAGAUGGUGAGGGAAAAGAAAAACAGAAAUGUGGAUCGGAUGAGGAUCUUAAUGAAGAAACUGAGAAUGAAGAAACGCAAAUGAUGGUGCUGGUCACCAGCGGUCGGGAGAAUGUCAUCUGCUUUUGGAACUACGAAUCCGGCGUAAUUAUCGACAGGGUUAUAUUGCCCAAUAGCAAUGUGAGUAAACGUCUCUGCACGGCGGGAGCCUUCAUUACUGCCGUGUGGGUCAAUCCUUACACGGUCGUGGCAAACAGUGUUACUGGAAAUAUUUUUGCGUGGAAAGUUUCAUUUUGUCUUCGUGGACAGACUGUUAAAUUGAAGGCUCAACUUUGCAAAACGCGCUAUCCUGUAGACGCCGCUAUUUUUGUUGUACGAGCUCGAGGUCUCAUUGGAGAUGACGCUUCCCGCAGUGAUUAUGUUUGGUGCCAAUCGCUCAACCGAAAAAUUAUGGCGGUAACCGUUACGGACUCUCCUGAGGUGGUAGCAGAACUUAACUGCCUUGCGAUUGGCAGCAUGUGCGUCACGGAAAAUCCAAUGGAAUCCACUGUUUUGGCUGUUGGUUGCAAUGAUAAGAGAUUAGUUACCGUUAAUCUGGCUAGUAUGUCCUAUAACUACGUGAAUUGUAUGCCGUACAUGAACAAAAUCUGCUCCAAGGUAACGGCACUUGAUUGGCAUCCAGAGCGGGAGAAUAUAAUAGCAUUUGGAACAUCGGAGGGCAGAAUAGGUGUUCUCGAUACUAAUAAUCAAAUCAACGUUCCCGUCUUGUUAAAUUCGUUCAUUUCGACCGACGUGUAUGCACUUAAGUGGUGCGAAAUGACCGAUGAACUGCGAGUACGACAAACGGUACUGUUCGCUACCGGCAAGAAUAAAAUGGCUUAUUACAAGAUGAAACCUGGAAAACAUGAACUGAUCGAAGUGCAUGACUGCGGGUUGGUUUCAAGUGUCUCGGCUUCUGGAAAUUACCUGCUAGUUGGUACUCAGGAUGGAUUCGUAUACAUAAAGGAUCUGAAUAAGAAUUUGGCACAAAUUUACCGCCGUAGUAUUACGCAUCGUUACAUCACUUCAAUGCAGUUCAAGGAAAACAUACUGGCAGUGGCUUCCAACGAGAACAGUAUUAAAUUGAUUGAUUUUACUAAAUCAAUAGACGAUAAGGUGGACGACAAUAUUAAGCUAUUGGAGGGGCACAGUCUUGGAGUGUGCUGUUUGCGUUGGGGCCACGGUGACAGUAAGCUGCUGGUGUCAGCCAGCUUCGAUAGUACCGUGCGUGUGUGGGAUACGUCAACGUUUAGUUGCCUGUCUAUAUACAGCAGCAUAGAUUCCGUAUUUUGCGCUAUUUUUUCGCCAAUCCAUGACAAUGUUGUUAUUUUUACCGGCAAAGGAAUAACGCUAUCAUUUAUUGAUUACACGAAAUACCCUCCAUCGGAAAAACCAUUGACUAAAAAAACUAAACCAAUAACACAGUGGGGUGUCAAUGCAGCGGGUACUUCCAGCAGGAAGAAAAACAAUCGCGAACGAAAGGAAAAAAUUACUGACGAACUAAGCUUACUUCAACUUUCAGAUAAGACUGAAAAGGCAGAAGAACAAGAAGAAAAACUUUUAUCUAAGACGGAACCAACCGGUAGUUUUGAAGAACCAGCUCCGGUUCUGGAAGUCACCGUAAAACCUGAUCCGCAAAUAGACGAGUUGGCUAAUCAGCUGAAACAGAUUAAGUUCAAAGAGAUCAAACCUAUUCAGGUUAAGAGCAACGUGCCAACAACAUUCCACUUGGCGAAUCGCGAAAUUAAUAAGCCCGCUGAUGUGCUUGCGUGCAUCGUAAAAGUAGCAAACUUUAAAAAACCCGAAGAUGACGAAGGUGAGCUUGAAGAAGAUAUUAAAAAGGAACCUGAUGAGACUGACGAAGCUGAAUAUUUCAAUGAAAAACUGUUUACCACGGAAAAAGCCCUGAGAGAGUUAAUUGCAGCUGAAACUAAAAAUCAUAACGAAUCUCGAACCUCGUCAAUAGGAACCAUUUUGCUGCCACAGAUUGCUUUUCGCUUAAAAGAAGUGAUAAUUGAACGAAUAGCAUCCAGAACACUGACAGAUCAGCUGGUAGCGCUGGCCCCAUCAAUAUCAUACGAGUUUUGGCGCAAAUGUUGCGAAGCAUAUGGAUAUCAGUUCCUCGAGAAACAGUAUACCUUGGCCUCAAUUCCAUAUUUUCUGGCGUGUCACCGGAUUACCGAAUCAAUCGAUUUCUUAAGCAAGCACAGAUUUUUCCGAGAGGCGUGGGCCAUCUGUAAGCUGCGCAAAGCGGAAGACGAUCCCAUUUGCGAACAGGUUUGUACGGAAUGGGCCCAGUACCUGGAAGCGAGCGGAAAUUUCGAAGGAGCCGCUCUUGUUUGGACUGCAGCGAAAAAAUACGAGAACGCGAUAGCUGCGUUGACCAGACGUAAGGAAAUAACCGAAGAUACUCAGCGUACGAUCGAUGUUUUGAGUGCUAAGCUGACGGAGUCUGUCGAGUAACGUUAUACAUUUUAUCGUUUAAAGUUCUUUCCACAAAAAAUGGGUUAUACGUUGGUAUAUAAUACAUAAAAGCAAAUUAUUUGAGAGCUUAUU